CUCGCGUUAGUUGCACAAAUAAUCUGUCAGUAUUGUUAUAAAUCUGGUUUUAAUCAACUGCUUGUCAUUAGACUAUAUUUGUGAGAAACAUCAGCCAAUCAAAAAUGGAAAUAAUGAAUAUUGCUUAAUUGCAUUUUGAGCCUAUUGUAAUUUGGAAAACCUCGGAAACAUAAAGUUGGAAAACAAUUAACUGCAACCGAUGAGCCAUGGGGGAUGAGACCUUCGCCUCUCGAGAUGAAGCCAUCGACUUCGGAAAAGACUACGAAUACCUCAUGGCCGCCUACUACGGCCUAAAAUUAAGCUUCUGCGAUGAAAUCAAAGAUUUCAAACUCUCAACAAACAACAACGACUUCGGCGAUUUUGACGAUGUCGUGAUAGAAUGCACCAUGACCAACGGAGAAGAACACCUCUUCGCAUUACAACUCAAACACGUCAUUCGCCCCAUUGCCCAAAUCACCCUCAUCACAAACAACAAAAAGUUCGGCCUGAAGAAAUACAUCAAAGAGUUCCAAAAAGUAAAAGCCGCCUACAAAAAAAACCGCUCCUACACCGCGCCUUUCCAAAAUUUUCACUUCGUUCUCUUCAGUAAUUCCGCUUUGGAAAAAGGCGACGAUUUCACUGAGGAGUGGAAGAAGCUAGAACCACUAGCAGACGGUAAAGUGGUCGAGUCUGACUUAUGCAUUCGAAGAAACGAAAACUGUUUUGGUGAGAAUUUGUUGGCGGUGGCUCAAAGCGAAGAAAACUUUUUGUACGAAUUCAAAUCGGAGAAAGAGGAUUCACCGGAUGAAGAAUUUUUUCAACAAUUUGCUUUCUUUACGGAGCAGAAAGAUGCUAAGGCAAUGGAAGCGCUAAUUGCUGAAACCGUUUUGAAAAAGUUUAGAGACUGUGAUCCGAAUAUCGCCGUCAACUAUAUGAACUACUUUAGUUACUGGUGUAGGAGGGACUACGGUACGUUGAAACUUACAAAGGAAGAUGUUAGAGUGAAACUUGCUGAACUUGUUCUAACGCCGUACAUUCCCGAUCCUGACAUGGAAAAACUGGAGUAUUUGUCGGAUAUAAAAGCAGAGCUGGUUAAGAUGGUGUUCUUGUUAUUUGACAUAGUCGUAGUUGAUGUCCAAACUGACGACGAACUGAUCAAUAGGUUAUGGGAACCUAUGCUUAAGGAGUUUACAAAAAUGACUAAACAAUGGACUACGCCAUUUCCUGGUAUAUAUAUUACACAUUUCACGAAACAUCUGCAAAUCCCUGUUUCAGCCUACAGCGAAAACUUUAACGAAAUGUCACUAAAGAAAUUGUAUAUGGUGUGUUGGCACGCUGCCAAUUUUCCACUGGUCUUAAAACUAGAUAAAAACCCUACACGUAAUGAAGAUAUUCUUUCGGGAAUUGAACUGUGUGAAAAUAACGGAAAUAAGAAAAAAUUUCUCUUGAUUGGCGACAAUCAAAUUGGUAAUUUUGACCCAAAAUGGACCAUUUUAAAAACCAUAUCAGAUUUGGAGACCCGUUUCGGAGAUUUUUUAGCUCUUAUCCAAGAGCAUUUCUUUGUUUCUUUUCAAGGACGACCAGCUAUCACUCUUAAAGAACUUCUAAAAAUGGAUAAAUGCCUAUCAGAAUCGGUUUCAACAAAAGAAAUAAUCCAUAUGUCACACGACGAUUUUGUCAUUGGAACUGACUACAAGAAAACGUUUCCAAAGUACUACAUACCAAGGGAUUUCCCAAAAUUGAUUCUCCGCAUUAACGCCAUUAAUGAACUCGGAAACGAAUUAUUUGUAGUAAGUUCGUCACACCCAAUCAACGACAAAAAUCUCAAGGUAAACCUAAUCGACGUGGACAAAUAUCUUCUCCUGAAGCAGUUUGGUCGUGGAAAAAACUACACCCCAAAGCAAAUAAAAGUUUCUAAUUUAGAAAACAGAAGUCAAGACGACGACAACUUCUUCAUAUCUGUGAAUGGAUGUUGCACAAAACAGCAAUUUGAGGAAAUCUGUUCAAUGAACGAAGGAAAAAAUUGUCACCAUGUUCGAUUCAUUGACGAGGAAAAACUUGAGUGGAUUGAAAGUCGAUACAGCAUUGACAAUAUUCAGAAAUACGCAGUGGAUUCUAAAACACUGAAACCAGAAGAUUUUGUACAAGACAAAAACCUCCUUUCUCAUUUUAAGAACAAGAUCAAUGUGAUUUGUGCCGAACCUGGUAUGGGAAAAUCUGUUACCAUGAAAAAUUUGGCCCUUGCUUGUCCCUCCGACCACUGGGUAGUUAUGAUCAGUCUCGGCGAGCAUGCCACUUUUUUCCAACAAGAACGUGACUCAAGCGAGGUGUUAAAGUACUUUCUGAAAAUGGAACAGCAAACGCCUUUUGUUAAACACGUCACAGAUGCUUUGUCUUCAAAAAAACAGAUAUUGUUCUUGUGGGAUGGUUUUGAUGAAUUGCCUGACAAAUGUGUGAAGUUUGUUGUCAAAGCUGUGAAAGAUAUGGCCAGUGAAGGGUACCCUCAGUGGGUGGCGGCUAGAACGAAUUCCAGGGAGCUUCUCCAGAAAGCAUUUACCGUACUUUCCUUGACACUACCAGAGUUCAGUCGACAAAAUCAGUAUGAUUAUGUCUAUUAUCACCUCAAAGAAAUCUACCAAGACGACGCAAAAGUCCAAGAAGUUAUAGACGAAGUAGACAAAAAUAUUACAGUAUCGUUGAACUGUGGAUACUUUGACUACACAGGAAUUCCGCUGCAAAUCCACAUGGUCGUCGACAUUCAUUUAAGAAAACCAAACAACCUUACAACUUCUAGUCUCAUCACUUUAACCGACAUUUAUCAAAAAUUCAUCGAAGGGAAAUUUGAUACUCUGUUCGAAAAAGCAGAUGCCGAUCUUGACAAUCCUUACAUGCAAGAAAUUCGGUCCCAAUACAUAGCUUCUCAGUUGGUUUUGUAUGAAAAAGCCGCAAUGAAAACAUAUUUCGACGACCAACUAGUCGCCACUCUUGAUCUUGAAUGCGACGAACUGUGCGAAGAAUUAGAAGAAGGUGCCGAUAGUUUAGGAUUGAUUACAGGUGUUAGUAACGAGAAGAAAUUCGUUUUUGCUCACAAAACAUACGAAGAGUUUUUGGUGGCGUCGUGGUUGGUCAAAAAUUGGCAAAAUUGCCCGGAUUUGAUGAAGAUUUUGUUUGAAGCAAAAUAUAGCAACGUUCGACUCAUGUUUGAUAUAUUGAUGGCCAGAGAUAGCCCUAUUCAUUUAGCUGUUUUGUAUCGUAACAUAGAUGUGAUAAAGCAACACGAAGAAGAUAUAGAAAGUUGCAAAGACAAAGGAGGUAGAAGUGUUUUGCACGUGGCGUGCUCUUGGGGGCGCAGACACCCUUUAGUUGCAGUAGUGGAGAAUGAUACUAAAAUUGAACCAGUGAUUUCGAGUGACGAGUUCAUUGAUAAUUACUGCUUGGGUCAAGCGCAAUUUUUGAAAAGAUCUAGUUCUAUUGAGGCGUCAGAUCUAGUGUCUGAAGGAAUAAAACAAAGGUUGACCAAACUGUAUCACAGUGAAGAUAACACAACUACAUCUGCAAGUACGAUUUCACUAAACAUGAAUAGUAUUACCAAAGUUGAUUUAGACGACGAAGCUUACUUGGAAAUUUUAAAAUUCCUUUUAGAUCAUAAAUGUAAUGUUUGGGAGAAAGACAUUUUACUUAAUUGGGAUGUGUUUCAGUACGCUGAUCAGUCUCUGUCUCUUGGAGUAAUUAACCUCCUGAUUAAAUAUCAUAAGGUUACUAUAAAAUCUUUAAAUAAUUACAGUCACGUCCCUACACUUUUACACUAUUCAGUGAUCUUCUCGUACGACAAUCUUUUUGACACUAUUACCGACGUACCAUACAUUGAGUACAGGUUCCAUUUUGGAAGACUCAACUUAUUACAGAUGGCAAGUGAAGCAAACAACCUCAAAUUCGUCAAUGAAUUACUGAAACAUAAACCGUACAAAGAAGUUAUCAACAACCAGAGUCCCUUCGGUGGAAAUUUGUUAACAUCAGCAGCCUUUCACGGGAAUUUGGAAAUGCUCGAAAGUCUCCUAGAAAACGGUGCUAAAGUCAACGGCCACGUCAUGCCUCCAUUGUAUGCUGCAGUUCUUGGUAAAAAAUCAGAUUGCUUCAGUAGAUUACUCAGAGCAGGCGCAGACGUAAACGAAACCGCCUCUGAUGGAAAUUCUGCUCUUACAAUGUCAACUAUGAUGAACCGAAUAGACUUCAUGGAACUAUUACUAGAAAGCGGUUGCGAUGUUAACUACGUUUCUGGUAAUUUGGCGCCUCUAUAUUGUGCCGCUGGUAGAAUGAAUUUAGAAGCCGUUCGCCUUAUUUUAAAGUACAAGCCUGAUGUCAAUUACCAAUGUGAAGAUACAGGUUAUACGGCUUUACAUGCAGCCAGUAAAUCAGACAAUCCUGACAUAACAAAAUGUUUGUUAGACCACGGUGCUAGCACUAAAAUCAAAUCGAAGAAAUUAGUGACACCUCUUCACGUAGCUCUGAUAAACGGAAAGAAAGAAGUGGCACUAGAACUAAUUAAAGCUGAUCCUAGUGUCGUCAAUGAAUACACUAGCGAAUUAACUCCAGUCAGUCUUGCAACUGUGGCAAACUUUCCUGACGUUAUUGAAACAUUGGCUAAAUAUGGUGCUGACGUGAAUGCUGCUAAAUCCAAAUUAAUUCCUUUACAGUUUGCUGCUUCUCGUCAGUUUGACUCCUGUGUCGUCGAACUGAUCAAAGCUGGAGCUUCUGUAAAUCGUCCUGAUGAAUCUGGCGCAACGCCACUAUUCUCCGCCACAGAUCACCUUACGACAGUGAAAAUUCUCCUUGAUAAUGGUGCUGAUAUCAAUGCCGCAAGCAAAUCUGGUGAGACAAUAGUGCAUUCUGCGGCGCACGGUGGCAAAGUGGAAGUAAUGAAAGAACUGGUCGAACGAGGGGCAGAUCUUAAUUGUCGGAAUAACGCAAACUGGACCCCCUUAUGCAUUGCCAUUCUUAACAAACAACUUGCAAUGACAAAAUAUCUUCUAACGCAACGUGUAUGUGUCAAAGAUCCUGAACUGCUAUGCGCUGCAGUGAAAGUAGGGUUUAUGGAUUGUGUACAACUUCUGAUCGAACUUGGUGCAGAAAUCAACGCGAAAGAUUCCAAUGGAUUUACACCCCUGUACUACGCUAUGUUCUUCAAUUCUUCUUGUAUUAAAAUACUCCUGGAAAAUGGUGCUGACCCUAACUACACUGCCGAUCUUCAAAUUCCUCCACUCUUGUUUGCUCUUGGUCUCAGUGAAACAAGUGUGAUGAAUCAGUUGAUAAAUUCCGGUGCUAACAUCCAAGGUUUGGAAACUGUGACGUCUCUUCAUUUUGCUGCUGAGUUGGGCGACAUAUUUAGUCUGGUUUUUCUUGCUGGGAAUGGGGCUGACGUUAACGCAAGCGACAAAAAUGGACGCAUUCCUUUACACUCAGCUUGUCAAAAACGUAAAUUCUCAUCUAUUCUGCAGAAAGUAAGCGACAACGAUUUUAGCGUAUACAUUCACAAGAAUAAAGAAGAUUGCAUCUCGGAAUUACUGGUAAGAGGUUCUCACGUGAACCAAAAGGACAACGAAGGACUAACUCCACUGCAUAUGGCUUGUCGAGACAAGUGUGUAGAAGCAGUCAGACUGUUGCUUCAGCAUGGAGCAGAUGUGAAUGUUGUGAACAAUAAAGGACACUCUGCGUUACAUAUGUGUUGCGAUGAUGAAAAUACUCACUCCCUUACAGAGAUAGUUAAAAUGUUGGUCGACCAUGGUAUAAAUGUAAAUCUAAAAGAUAACGAAGAAAGAACAGCUCUUGUCUACGCUUGUGCCAGUGGUGACUUGGAUUCACUAAAGUAUCUACAUCAAAAUGGUGCCGAUCUCUUCGUUGAAGAUAGUAUGAAAGAUACGUUGUUAUCAAGUGCUGCACGGCAUACAACUCUGUUGAAAUAUCUAGUUGAUAAUGGUUUAAAGGUUAAUCAUGCCAAUGUCAAUGGACUGACACCUUUGUUCCAAACAAUCUCUUGUAGUAAUCGUGAUGGUACUCGGUACUUGAUUGAACGAGGAGCUGAUAUUGAUGCCCUUACUAUUCAACAUGCAACCCCUAUACAUGCAGCUGUAUUAAAAGGCGAUGUGGAAAUCGUGAAAUUAUUAUUGGAGUUGAAUGCCGAUUUGUCUAUCAAAUGUAUUUUUGGAAAUACAGCUAUUUCUGCCAGCUACAACAAUUUAGAAAUUAUCAAACUGUUCGCUGAAGAAUUUGGAGGUUUGAAAGACGGCGAAACCAAAAAUGGAAUAACCAAAAAUGAUGACUUGAGAAAACAGUGGACAAGAACUUUUCUCUUUGCCGCUAGUAAGGGUUGCCUCGAAAAUUUGAGAUUUCUGUGCGAUAGCGGGUUGGCACAAGUUAUAGACAAAGACGAAGCUAAUGCAUGUACGGCCUUACAUAAUGCUUGCUCCAACGGACACUAUGACGUGGCAGUUUAUUUAAUAGAAAACGGAGCUGAUGUUAACGUUAAAAAUGUCAAUGGUGAUGUGCCUUUAUGUUUUGCGGCAAAUAGUGGUUACCUCGACAUUGUGAAACUUUUGAUGGAACAUGGUGCAGAAUUAGACGUUCCGAAUCACCAUGGUACGACGGGACUGUAUGCUGCUGCUGCUAAUGGUCAUCUGAAAACAGUAGAAUUUCUUUAUGAAAAUGGAGCUAAUGUUAAUGUAGUUGAUGCAGACGGAGACACCCCACUCCAUGAUGCUGCACACAACGGGCAUUUGUCUGUUGUGCAAUAUUUAGUUUUACAUAGAGCUAAUACUAGUAUUAGGAAUAAGAACAAGAAAACUGCUCUUGAUUUAGCGGUUGAUCAAGGAAAUCAAGAUGUUGUUGAUUUUUUAACUAUACAUGAAAAUGUGUGAUAAUAUGUUACUGUAUUGUGAUUAGGUCGAAUUGCUCAAUUAUAAAAAUCUAAAAAUGAA